AUGAGCAAUGCUGGAGGACUUUAUAGAAGAUCGAUUAACAAAAGCAAGAUCCAAAAGAGGGAAAGAGACAGCGAUGUAAAAGAAGAAAUGCGUGAGAGGGAAAAAAGCAGUGAUCAUAGUCGUAGCCGUUCUACUUCACUUAGUUCGUGGAGAGAUUCAGAUCGGAAUUCACCACGUUUAAGUGAUCGGAAUUCACCACGUCCAGGCGAUCGGAAUUCACCACGUAUAAGUAGAAGUGAUUGGGAUUCUACACCAACAAGGUCGAUCACACCACGAUUCUCCGGCGGUGGGCUAACUUCUCGAAAAGAAUAUCAACCUAUGAGGGAUUUUCCAACUCCUCGACUUGCAUCGUUUGAUAAUGAUUUGGAUUUCGCAUUUAAUCAAGAUGAAGAAGAUAUAAGUGAUGAUAGACGCGAGUGGGAAGAAGAACAACGACAACUGGAUCGUGACUGGUACAGCAUGGAAGAAUCGUCUGGUGCAAUGGACGAUACACACAAUCCUUUUGCUGACUAUACGGACUUUGUUGAGAAAAAAGAGGAGGAACUCGCUCAGAGACAGCUUGAACAGUAUAACAAAGAUAAUGAACUCUGGGAAACAAAUCGUAUGCUUACUUCUGGUAUCGUACAGAGGAAAGAAAUUGAUUUGGAUUUCGAUGGAGAUUCAGAGGCACGAGUGCAUUUAUUAGUACAUGAUAUUAAACCACCAUUUCUUGACGGUCGCAUGGUUUUCACAAAACAAUUGGGAACUGUACAAUCUGUCAAGGACCCUACUUCCGGUUUGGCUGUCUUCUCUAGGAAAGGAAGUCAAUUGGUAAAAGAAAAGAGAGAACAAAUAGAACGUCAAAAGGCUGCUAAGAGUGUUGUAGAUGUUGCAGGCACUGCCUUGGGUAACAUUAUGGGUGUUAAAGUUUCUGAUGAAGACUCUGAAGGUGAUUCACAAUUUGCAUCACAUUUAAAAGCAUCCGAAGCCGCUAGUUCCUUUUCUAGGUCGAAAACUCUUCGCGAACAACGUGAAUAUUUGCCUGCUUUUGCAGUUCGUGAAGAACUAUUGAGAAUUAUUAGAGACAACCAAGUUAUUGUCGUGGUUGGAGAAACUGGUUCAG